AUGCACCCUCAACAACCAGUCACAUGGCUGCAGCCACCAUCCACACUCACCACCAUCUCUUUCUUUCACCCAAUACCGUUCUGCUGUUUCUGCUUUCCGGCUCAAAGGGUGCCUUCCGCUCUGCACCACACCCCUUCUUGGCCGCAGUAUAACGAUCCACCUCCUUCAUCCUUCGAGCCUUCCAGCAACCUUUAUGCGGGGGUCAAAACUAGGCAGAGACAUCAUAUCGCCGAUCCGAUCGUAGCUUCGGGUGCUCAAUCCAGCUCGGUCGCCAACGGACCUGUUCGACGCACAGCCGCUGCAGCAGGACAUACAAAGAACGUUUUCUCCGUCUCUACAGAGCUUUGGGCUAAACGACUCAUUGACAUGGCUUCACCUUACCCAACAACGAAUGGGAACGGGAACGGAAGUGGGGCGGGGGCAGGAGCGCCAAGAGAAGUCAUAAUUGGAAUAGGAACAGUGUACGACCAAAACGCAUUUGGAUCAGGCCCUUACUCUCGAGUCAAUACCGAUGAUGGAUCACAACCCACACUUUCACGAUCACAUUACUUCUUGUCGAGGGAUGAGAUCUUGAAAGGCGUAGCGAAUCGAUUUGUCCAUUCCAGCGCCUAUCUUUGGUUCUAUGCUGGUAUGGCCCUUGCUUCGCUCCUUACCGUCGUAAUCAGCUUGACAUCCGACUGUCCCGGCACCUUGUUCUAUGGUUUGGAGUUAGCAAUCAACCUCCUUCUCAUUGCGGAAGUAGGCAUCAGAUUAGUAGCAUUCGGCAAACAAUUCUGGAAAAGCACGUACAACAUCGUCGAUCUAGGCCUUGUGUUACUUUGCGCCCUUACGCUAUUGGUCAUCUUUUUCCAUCACGAAUGCUCGCCUUUCCGCCGCGGAUCUACCUACCCCGGCGAUGACGAAGAUACACCGAGAGGCGGAAGGUCAGGUAAAGGCGAGGAGCUGCUAGACUCGCUUCUUCUGAUUGGUAGGAAUGUCAUACAGGCGUUAAGGCUGGUUUCGAUUGUGAGGAGGUCGGGGAGCAAUGUGACGAGUAGACCAACGAGAAUUGAGAUCGGGAAUAGACCUUAUUCGUUGGAUCUAGAUUUGGAAGAUGAAGGUGCGAUGGCAAGGGAUAGAAUUAGGAUAGGAGAGGAGGAAAGAGCGCCGCUGUUCGAUGCUGAUGAUGAUGAGUUGUAG